CCUCAGACCGCAACCAGCCACUAAAUCACUCUCAUCACGACAUACACAUACACUUACAUCCCGCACCACUAACACAUCCAUCCACCAACUACUGUUUGACUAUUGAAAGUGCAUGAUUGUCAGUGGAGACAUUGGGACGCCAGGAACCCCUACCAGCUCGACAACAACCAGAUAUCAGUCUUUUUCUCAGCUGUCUGCGUCUGCACACUGCAUCAGUCGCAAACGCACUAGACUGAAAGAUAAGGCGCUGCUGCUGCGAUCCAUUAUUGAUCCGCCUGCAGCGAUACCAGCGACCCUUGACUCACCGCCCCGCCAUCCGCCAUAAGGUUGAUUGGUCGAUAGGUCGACCGCCGGAAGGAGGAAAGGCAGCCUGAGUCACCGCGCCGCGCAAAGCGAACGAGUCACCUCUAAGCCUCUAAGUUCGGCGAUCCUUAGCAAGCACAUCAACACGGCCCUCCCGGAGAUUUGCACCAUGGCAACUCCUGCUUCCCCCACAAUUUCUACUUCUACUCCCUCCUCCCACCCUCCCUCUUCCUCUUCUCUUCCCUCCUCCACUCCUUCUCUCAGCUCCUACUUCACCUCUCUGGCCCGCCGUCGCCAACAAAAGAAAAUGAGCAUCACUCAAACCUACUAUCUCGCCCACACCGCCCGCAAGAAGCUCACCCGUGAAGCUUCCCGGGCGGACCAUGAUCUCCGCCUUCUGGUUGGCCACGCCAACCUCCUCGACUCGCUCAUGCUGGAGCUGGCUGAUGCCGAACGUGAACAAGAACAUUGGUUCAACCAGACCGUCAGCGGUGUGACCAAGACAUCCCACCACUCCGAGCCUCGACACAUCCAAUGGGCGGAGACAGUCGUUGAGGACCCGGAGGAGGACUGGGAUCCCGAGGACCUUUCUGACGCCGACUCCGACGUCAGCGAGGAUGACUCCGACUACGACGAAGAUCAGUAUGAGCCCACUACUUACAGUCCGGUGCGACGACGGGCUCCCUCCCCGGUGGCCAUCAUCACCGAGAAGGAAAUCGAGGAGGAUUACGACUCCGAUUCUGAUUCCGACUUUGAGUACGACGAUGAGGAGGAUCUGGAAGAAUUGACCCUGACCCGCUCACCUUCCCGGCAAACCCCGCCCGAGCUGCUGUCCGACUCCGAUGGAGAGUCGGAAGACGACACUAUGCCCCCCUCACCUCCUCAACCAACCCUGGAAACAUUCAACGAGAAGGAGCAGCAAACCGCGGAAAUCCCUCUCUCCCCGACUGAUCUGGAGAAUGGCUACUACGUUCCCGGCCCGGCGCCAAGUGCGAUGCUUGAAGCUUAUUGAUCGUACCUUGCAGCAGCGGCUGAUCCUCCAUUCUCUGUACCAUUAUCAUACGUGAUACCCUCGUCGUGGAUUGUUUCUGGAAGAACUUUUUUUUAUUACCUUGGGGCAAGUUGUCACCACCAUAGCGGGUCCGGCGUUUUUUGAAACCAAAAAUCACUUCUCUCCUAUCAUCAUGAUUCAGCAUUGUUUUGGGAUGGCAUAUUGGCA